AUGAACACAAGCUUGAUUUGGGCAGUAAUGCAUAGAGUACCACUAGUUGAUGGUCCUAAGCUAUUCUCUAAGUACUAUGAUAUUGAUGAAGAUAUAUGUACCAAUCUAAAUUAUUUGGAGAACAUGGACGGGUCAGAGGUUAUGCAUCGUUUAUGGAAUCGGGAUCUUGCUGCUGUCCUGAACUUCCGACAUAUACUUAACAAUCUGAGAUAUGAUGGGAUUAUACCUGUAAGGUUCACUCGCGUCAUUCGGAUUGGACGUAUCAGAAGACAAGCAGAAGAAGAUCUCCAGGAGGGUCGUCGUUUGAGACAAAAACUGACUAGAAUUCAAAGAUGA